AUGUGCAACCCAACCGACGUAGUCUACCUCUGCCACGGCGGCACCUUCUGCCAAGGCAGCCCGAACGGCACGCGCGCCGUGACGGCCGUCAAGCCGUGGAUGGACCGGGGCAACAUCCGGCGGCCGCGGCAGCCGUUCCAGCUCUGCGAGUACAGCAAGGCGCAAAGCGGGCGGUACCACAACGUUGCCUCGGCGGAGCUCGGCAUCGACGGGUUCCAGCCCACGCGGCUCCUCACCCCCAUCAUGGCGCGCAUCAACCAGGGCUGCCGCAAGGCAGAGGCGGUGCAGGUCGUGGCCCGCGACGGGUGGGAGUGGACGGCGGAGAUGAUGGCCUGGGAGGCGAGCCUCGUCAAGGACACGUACGACAGCGUCUCGGAGCUCGAUCGGUGGGCGGCGGAGAUGCGGCGCGUCAACCCUAGGGUGUUUGACGACAUGGCGCGGUGGCGGAGGGAGGCGGAGGAGAACGAUCCGGCCAUGUUCGAGGACUUGGAUGAGGUGGAUGGGCUGGAUGGACUUGGUGGACAGUAG